AUGGACGACGCCGCAGUAGAGAGAUCUGAUGUCUCCACGGGCCAAAUUCCACCACGAGCCUUCAAAGCACGGUCUCGCAUCAGCGCCGCGGACACCUUGCGUGGGCGGAGGAACCUCUCGCGAUAUCCCUCGAAGGUGAGCCAUGUGGUGCAUAACGGACCACAAGCAGCACUAACCCGUUCGCCCAUCAGCUAUGUGCAGGACCUGAAAGCCCGAAUCGCUUGGCUGGAAUCCAUUGUACGGGAACAUGUGCCCAGCGUCGAUCUAGAUGGAGGUCCGCAGGAUCAGUGCCGUAGCACACCAGGUGGUCCGCCAAAAGAGUCUGGUCGGCUGCCUCAACCUCAGCAGGACGAUGGAGUCUCCGACACCUAUUCUCCCGAAGACGGGUCCCUUAACGACAUAACUCGUCAGAUUGGUCUCGUCUCGGUCACCACGGGAGCAGAUCUCCGCUACUUGGGCCCGUCCAGCGGGUUGUUCUUCACCAAGUUCGUCUUAGCAGGACUGGGACGCAAGAUUCAGGUCGAGAAGCAGCACUCUCUUGGACCUAACAAAGAUGGCCUUUCCAUACCCGCCGAUCUCCUGGUGGUUCGACCUCAGGAUCUCCCGCCGGAUCAGAGACACGCGCGGUGGUUGUCGCAAGCAUACUUUGACACGGUCCAUCUACAAUUUCCCUUCCUGCAUGAGCCGACGUAUAUGGAAAUCCUCGACAAGCUGUAUGACGGUGUCGAGGUCGGCGCAACCUCCGAGUUCCAGGUGUUCAUGGUGCUCGCCAUUGGUGCGACGAUCCUGGCACGUCGAGUGAAAAUACCCCUGUGUGCUGAAGGUUAUUGCGCUUCUGCCAUGGCUCGGCUCGACAGCAUCUUUCAGAGGGCGUCUUUGACGGGGAUACAGUGCAUCUUGCUUCUGCAGAUGUAUGCCAUGAACAACCCAUCGUCUGGCUUGAGUCUUUGGGCUCUUCAUUAUCAUUGUCUGGCGUGGACAAUUGAGUUGGGCCUGCAACGCAACGCCCCAGGAAACCUGUUUUCUGCUCCCCAGCAAGAGCUACGAACUAGGGUCUUCUGGUGUGUCUACACAAUUGAUCGCGCCUUGUGCACUCUCAUGGGGAGACCACUUGGGUUAAUGGACGAGCAAUGCGACCUGAGGUUACCGUUGGACAUUAAUGACAGCGACCCUGAUCCCAGCCAGACCCGGGCCGAGGACAGGAACGACUCCCUAACAAACUUGUCCAGCGCAAUUCACCUCUUCAAGCUUGCGAGACUCAACUCAGAGAUAAAAUGUGUAUUGUACUGCACUGGUCGACAAUAUCCUCCCUACACGCAACCAGCAACUACCGACCUCGUCCAAUGGAAAGAAGAUAUAUUGAAUCGACUUCGGAGAUGGAAGGAGGAGAUCCCACGACAUCCAGCAGCUAGCGAACGGUGCUACGUCAACCACCUCUGCGAGAUCAAAUACCACGAGUUGGUCAUGCUGGUUCUCCGACCGAACCCUGUUUUCCAGCAUCCCACCAAGGCUGCGCUGCGUGAAUGCUUCGCCAGUGCCAUGGCCUGCAGUAAGCUCUACUACGAGCUUUAUGCCGCCAACAAGCUCCAUUACAGUUGGAUUAGCGUCCAUUCGCUCUUUCUCUGCGUCAUCACCAUGUUCUACUGCGUGUGGACACCCGACGGAGUUGCCGACGAAGUGGACGUCGACACGCUUAUGAGGGCGCUCAAAACUACCUCUGACGUCCUCAGCGCGACGGGGGAGUAUUGGCCCGAGGCGAGGAGGAGUCGAGAUGUGCUGGACCGCAUCUCGGCAGCGACCAUGUCGAGAUUUACCUCAAGAUUCCAUGGAACGCAAACCCUCAAAGUUCAGGCGAGGCCACCACCCACGCCGCCCAUCUCCACAACUACCGGGGUUGAACAACGAGCAGAUAUCCCUAACGUGGAUCUCAUCCCUCAAACGGACUUUCCGACACUCCAACUCGACAACGGGAAUCUAGACAGCGUGUAUAUGUCUCCGAUUUACGAGACGCACGCCGACUCGUUCAACACCACCGACAUGCUGUCGUACUUUAUGGGAUUUGGUGGGGAUGGCAAUAUCAACAACGUCCAGAUGACGGACGAGUAUUCGUAUCCCAGCGUGGACGAAGUGAUGCAGAAUUUCUUUGCCAACGGCCUCCAGGGGUUCGAGCAGAUUAUUCAGUAG